UUGCCAGGAGCAGAAGCUCGGACUCUGCGAGAGACUUGCUCUGCGGAAAGCUUCAAGAGGUACCACAGGGGCUGCUGCCUGGAGCCACCUUACCAGGAGGCAGAGCUCUCUGAGGAUCUGCUGCUUGUCUCUGCCCCGAGGGUGAAGAUGGAUGACAGGUGCUACCCGGUGAUCUUCCCAGAUGCAAGGAAUUUCCGCCCCUUCACUCCUGACUCUUUGGCUGCAAUCAAGAAGCGGAUCGCCAUCCAAAAGGAGAAAAAAAAGUCCAAAGACCAGACAGCAGCAGAACCCCAGCCUCGACCUCAGCUUGACCUAAAGGUGUCCAGAAAGUUGCCCAUGCUCUAUGGUGACAUUCCCCAUGAGCUGAUAGGGAAACCCCUGGAAGACUUGGACCCAUUCUACAGAAAUCAUAAGACAUUUAUGGUGUUGAACAAAAAGAGAACAAUCUACCGCUUCAGUGCCAAACGUGCCUUGUUCAUUUUUGGGCCUUUCAAUUCAAUCAGAAGUUUAGCCAUUAGAAUUUCAGUCCAUUCGUUGUUCAGCAUGUUCAUCAUCUGCACCGUCAUCAUCAACUGCGUGUUCAUGGCCAUGACUCGUGGGAAGGACAGCAUUAACAUAGAUACUGAGAGUGCUGAGUAUGUCUUCACUGGGAUUUAUAUAUUUGAAGCAUUAGUUAAAAUAUUGGCAAGAGGUUUUAUUCUGGAUGAGUUUUCUUUCCUUCGAGAUCCGUGGAACUGGCUGGACUCCAUUGUCAUUGCAACAGCGUUUGUAUCAUAUUCACCAUAUAUCAAGGGCAGCAGCAUCAGUCUGUCAUCCCUGCGUACCUUCCGAGUGUUCAGAGCUUUGAAAGCAAUUUCAGUAAUUUCAGGUCUGAAGGUCAUUGUUGGGGCCUUGCUGCGCUCUGUGAAGAGGCUUGUCGAUGUGAUGAUCCUGACUCUCUUUUGCCUCAGCAUCUUCGCCCUGGUAGGUCAGCAACUCUUCAUGGGAAAUCUGAACCAGAAAUGUGUGAGGAAAGACUGUGACUCUGACUAUAAAGACUAUUGCUUUGAAAAGAAAGAUUCCACUGAAUUCAGAAUAUGUGGCACAUGGAUGGAGAGCGGGGCUUGUUCUGAACAAUUUGAAUGCAAACAUACCAAUAAAAAUCCUGACUAUAAUUACACGAAUUUUGACAACUUUGGCUGGUCUUUUCUUGCCGUGUUCCGGCUUAUGACCCAAGAUUCCUGGGAGAAGCUUUAUCAACAGACUUUGCGCACCUCAGGGCUCUACUCAGUCUUCUUCUUUGUGGUGGUCAUCUUCCUGGGCUCUUUCUACUUGAUUAACUUAACCCUGGCUGUUGUCACCAUGGCUUAUGAGGAACAGAACAAGAAUGUAGCUGCUGAGACAGAAGCCAAGGAGAAGAUGUUCCAGGAAGCCCAGCAGCUGUUAAAGGAGGAGAAGGAGGCUCUGGUUGCCAUGGGUAUUGACAGAAGCUCACUUAAUUCCCUUGAAGCAUCAUCUUUUUCCCUGAAGAAGAGAAAGCUAUUUGGUAAUAAGAAAAGAAAGUCCUUCUUUUUGAGAAAGUCUGGGAAAGACCAGGUUCCAGGAUUAGAUUCUGAUGAAGAUUCUUCAAAAAAGCCACACCUACUUGAACAAACCAAACGACUGUCCCAGAAUCUGUCAGUGGACCACUGUGAUGAGCACGGAGACCCCUUCCAAAGGCAGAGAGCACUGAGCGCUGUGAGCAUCCUUACCAUCACCAUGCACGAACAAGAAAAAUCACAGGAACCUUGCCUCCCAUGUGGGGAAAACCUGGCAUCCAAAUACCUCGUGUGGGACUGUAGCCCCCGGUGGCUGUGCAUUAAGAAGGCCCUGAGAACCAUGAUGACUGACCCCUUUACUGAGCUGGCCAUCACCAUCUGCAUCAUAAUCAACACUCUCUUCUUGGCCAUGGAGCAUUACAAAAUGGACCAGAGUUUUGAGAAUAUGUUGUACACAGGGAAUUUGGUUUUCACUGGCAUUUUCAUGGCUGAAAUGUGCCUAAAAAUCAUUGCGCUGGAUCCCUACCACUACUUUCGUCGAGGCUGGAACAUUUUUGACAGCAUUGUUGCUCUUCUGAGCUUUGCAGAGGUGAUAAUAAAUAGUAUGUGUCCAGGAAAACAAAGUUGUAUGUCACUUCGUUCCUUAAGAGUGCUGAGGGUCUUCAAGUUAGCCAAAUCCUGGCCAACUUUAAACACACUGCUUAAGAUAAUUGGCCAUUCCGUUGGAGCCCUUGGAAACCUGACUGUGGUCUUGGCCAUUGUGGUCUUUAUUUUCUCAGUAGUUGGCAUGCAGCUUUUUGGCUCUAAAUUCAAUUGCAUAAAGAGUAAUUCAAAGUCCCAUGAUCCUGCAGUCUCAUGUUUACGACGCUGGCACAUGGGGGAUUUCUACCACUCCUUUCUGGUGGUAUUCCGCAUCCUCUGUGGGGAAUGGAUCGAAAACAUGUGGGAAUGUAUGCAAGAAGCUAACCAAGCACUGUGCAUUACUGUGUUUCUGUUGAUCAUGGUGAUAGGAAAACUCGUGGUACUCAACCUCUUUAUUGCCUUGCUGCUCAAUUCCUUCAGCAAUGAGGAGAGAGAUGGACACUUGGAAGGAGAAGUCAGGAAAACCAAAGUCCAGUUAGCCCUGGACCGGUUCUGCCGGGCUUUUUGUUUUGUGAUAUAUACUCUUGAGCAUUUUUGUACCAAGUGGUGCAGGAGACAACAUUUACCAAAGCAAAAAGAGGUGACAGAAGGCCCUAAGGCAGAGAGCAAAGGUGUCAUUCCCCUGGUCACAGAGAUGAGAAAGUGCCCAGAGACCUGGGAGGAGUUUGGUGUACUGACUACCGCACCAAAGACCUUGAGUGUCGGGCAUGAUCGGACUUGGUUGGCCCCACUAGCAGAGGAAGAAGAUGAUGCUGAAUCCCCUGGUGAAGAUAAGGCACAGCCUGUCACGCAACCUGAGGCUGGAAAACAGUGUCAGGCCAGUGAACUCCAUCAGAAGACCAAGGAGCCCACCAGUCCAGGAGCUCAGAGUGUGGAAAUGGACAUAUUCUCUGAAGAUGAUCCUUAUCUGUCGAUACAGAAUCCCCGAAAGAAGUCUGAUGCUACGAGUGUGCUCUCAGAAUGUAGCACCACUGGUCCACAGGAUCCCUUUAGGCGGGUACUUGAAAUGGUUCCCAAAAAGGAACCAGAGAGAUGUUUGCCCAAAGGCCUGGAUUGCUGCUCUCCAUGCUGUACUGUGGACAAGAGAAAGUCCCCCUGGAUCAUUUGGUGGAACCUGCGGAAAACCUGCUACCAAAUAGUGAAACACAGCUGGUUUGAGAGCUUUAUUAUCUUUGUGAUUCUGCUGAGCAGUGGGGCACUGGUAUUUGAAGAUAUUUACCUUGGUACACAACCCAAAAUCCAAGCAAUACUUAAUUGUACUGACAGUAUUUUCACAUACAUUUUUAUCUUGGAGAUGGGUCUGAAAUGGGUGGCCUUUGGAUUUAGGAAGUAUUUCACCAGUGCCUGGUGCUGGCUCGAUUUCAUCAUUGUGAUUGUCUCUGUGACCAGUCUCAUCGACUUAAAGGUCUUGAAGUCCUUCCGGAUUCUGCGAGCGCUGAGGCCUCUGCGAGCGCUGUCCCAGUUUGAAGGAAUGAAGGUGGUAGUUAAUGCUCUCAUAGGUGCCAUACCUGCCAUUCUGAAUGUUUUGCUUGUCUGCCUCAUUUUCUGGCUCAUAUUUUGUAUCCUGGGAGUAAGUUUGUUUUCUGGAAAAUUUGGAAGAUGUGUUAAUGUAACAGAUGGAAACUCAGUUAUAAAUUACAACAUUGUUGCAAACCGGAGUCAAUGUGAAAGUGGAAAUUUCUCCUGGUUCACCCUGAAAGUCAACUUUGACAAUGUGGGAAUGGCUUACCUCGCGCUGCUGCAAGUGGCAACAUUUAAGGGCUGGAUGGAUAUUAUGUAUGCAGCUGUUGAUUCCAGAGGGGAAGGACAACAGCCAAGGUUUGAGGAGAACUCAUUAAUGUAUGUUUACUUCAUAGUUUUUAUCAUCUUUGGCUCAUUCUUCACUCUGAAUCUCUUUAUUGGUGUUAUUAUUGACAACUUCAACCAACAGCAGAAAAAGAUAAGUGGCCAAGACAUCUUUCUGACAGAAGAACAGAAGAAAUACUAUAAUGCAAUGAAAAAAUUAGGAUCCAAAAAACCUCAAAGGCCCAUCCCAAGGCCUCUGAACAAAUGCCAGGGUCUUGUUUUUGACCUAGUUACACACCAGGUCUUUGACAUCAUCAUCAUCAUCCUCAUUUUCCUCAACAUGGUUAGCAUGAUGGCUGAAUCAUAUGGCCAGUCCAAAGCCAUGGAACUCUUCCUUGAGCGUCUCAACCUGGCCUUUGUGGUCGUCUUUACAAUUGAGUGUCUCAUCAAAAUCUUUGCUUUGAGGCAAUACUACUUCAUCAGUGGCUGGAAUUUAUUUGAUUGUGUGAUCCUGGUCAUUUCUAUUGUUAGUACAAUGGUUUCUGCCUUGAAAACCCAGGCACACAUUCCUUUCCCUCCAACACUCUUCAGAAUUGUCCGCCUGGCUCGGAUUGGCCGAAUCCUGAGACUUGUUCGGGCAGCACGAGGAAUCAGAACUCUCCUUUUCGCGCUGAUGAUGUCUCUUCCCUCUCUAUUCAAUAUUGGUCUUCUACUCUUUCUGGUUAUGUUUAUUUAUGCCAUUUUUGGUAUGAACUGUUUUUGCAAAGUGAAGGAAGAGUCUGGAAUUGAUGACAUAUUCAACUUCAAAACUUUCAAAGGCAGCAUGCUCUGCCUGUUCCAGAUAACCACGUCAGCAGGCUGGGAUGCCCUCCUCAGCCCCAUGUUGCAAUCAAAAGACUCAUGUAACCCCAAGUUAGAGAACUGUCACCUCUCUGCCAUAGCCAUAACCUACUUCGUCAGUUAUAUCAUCAUCUCCUUUCUCAUCGUGGUCAACAUGUAUAUUGCUGUGAUUUUAGAAAACUUCAAUAUAGCCACUGAAGAAAGUGAGGACCCUUUGAGUGAAGACGACUUUGAAAUAUUCUAUGAAGUCUGGGAAAAGUUUGACCCAGAAGCAACACAGUUUAUCAGAUAUUCUGCUCUUUCUGACUUUGCCGAUGCCCUGCCUGAGCCUCUGCGUGUGGCAAAGCCAAAUAAAUACCAAUUUUUAGUCAUGGACUUGCCCAUGGUGAGCGGAGAUCGCCUUCAUUGCCUGGAUAUUCUGUUCGCUUUCACCGCUAGGGUACUUGGUGAGUCCAGUGGCCUGGAUAGCAUGAAAGCAGUGAUGGAAGAGAAGUUCAUGGAAGCCAACCCUUUCAAGAAGUUAUAUGAACCCAUAGUCACCACCACCAAGAGGAAGGAAGAGGAAAGAUGUGCUGCUGUUAUUCAAAAGGCCUUUAGAAAGUACAUGAUGAAGACCAAGUGUACCUUGGAAGACAGGCCUCAUUCACCCCUCCAGACACUCUGCAAUGGAGACUUGUCCAGCUCUGGGGUGGCCGAGGGCAAGGUCCACUAUGACUGAGCCCCUCACCUCCACCCCUACCUCACAGCCUCAGAGCCUUGCCUCCAGCCUCUGAGCUCCAAGGGGUCCACAGCUCAGUGUGCGAACAAGCAGUGGACUCACUGAACUAGCCAUUCCAUUUUUCUUUUUCUGGCUAAAAGAAAUGGUGUUUCUGAGUUCACUUCAAAUGGUUCUUAUAGAGAUAUAAGAUAAGGCUGCCCAACUAUAACCACCGGUACUGUUUUAACAAAGAAAAAGACACUAGAAUGGGCUGUAGAGCAGGGGUCCCCAACCCCUGGGCUGUGGACCGCGCUACCCGUCCGUGGCCUGUCAGAAACUGGGCCGCAUAGCAGGAGGUGAGCGGAGGGCGAGCCAGCAAGAUUUCAUCUGCCGCUCCACGUCACUCGCGUUCCGCCCGAACCACCCCUCUGCAAGCCAGUCUGUGGAAAAACUGUCUUCCGCAAAAUUGGUCCCUGGUGCCAGAAAGGUUGGGGACCGCUGCUGUAGGGGACACUAAUGUGAGGAUUGAAGCACAGUUCAAAUUAUAUCAAAAGAAAAGAAUAAGAAACAGAAAACAUUAAAAUUUUAAAUUGUGUUUUUCCAAAUGUUCUUAAGUACAGUAUCCAAUACCUUUGUUUGAUGUUUUCCCCAAUAAAAUAUAUGGCUUAUCAUACAUAACU